AUGUCUUGUAUUGAUAUCAGAGGAGUUGCUAGUUCUCAUCCAACUAAAGAUCAUUUAGCACCAAGACCAGGUGAUGAUGUUGUUUCUUCCGAGUGGAUGGAAUUCAUCCUCAAGGAUAAACAAGUCAUUCCUCAAGAAGGUGUAAAGGUUUCCAAUGUUGUUGUGGAAGAAUUGGGUGAAAAUAGAGGAUUCAAUGGUGUGAUGAGAAGACUUGUCGUUUCUUAUGAAGGAAAUAAUGCUACUGAAACUCUUCCAACCACUUUCAUUCUCAAGAGAAGUGAUGCCAGUGAACAAGGUAGACAAACUGUUCUCUCAUGGAAGCCACACAGAGAGGCUCUCUUUUAUGCAAGUGACUUGUUAGAAAAGGUUGUUGCUGGACCAGCUCCUCAUGUCUUGUAUGCCUAUGGAAACGGUCAAGUUGGUGAAUAUGUCAUCUUGAUGAAAGAUUUGAAGAAACCUCAAACUGUUGGUUUGAACAUUGUUUUUGGAAAUCAAAUUUGGGGUGUUGGUAAAUAUGACUUUGAAUUACCACAACCUUUGGACAUGUUGAAGGAAAUGUACCUCAAUAUUGCCAAGAUUCAUGCUUCCAAUUGGAAUAAUCGUUCCUUGUUGCAAUAUGAAUUCUUGAAGGCUGCCAAAUUCUACAAUCAACAAGAUAGAGAAUUGUGGGAAGAAGGUAUGGCCAAAACAAGAAAGGGAUGGGAAACUGCCAAGAAGAGAAGUAGUGAGAGCACUGUUUUCAAGCUAUCUGAAAAGUUGCUUAAUGUAAUUGAAAAAUCAAUGGAAAAGGCUUCUUGGGAAUCUUUCCAAGAAUCAAUUAAUGCUGAACCAUUUGCAUUGUGUCAUGGAGAUUUCCAUGGUAGUAAUUUCCUUAUUGAUGUUGCUACAAAGAAGAUUGACGCAUUGGAUUGGACUGAAGUUGGUCUCUGCACUCCAACCACUGAUUUGGUUCAAACUUUGAUUUCUGAUAUCAAGCCAGAAUUGUUCGUUCAACAUUCAAAGGAAUUGGUUAGAUUGUACUGGGAAGAAUUGGUUAAGAAUGGAGUUUCUGAAACUGAAUAUCCAUUCGAAAAGUGUUGGACUUCAUUCUGUAAGGAUGGUGUUGAACGUUGGAUUUGGUUGUUGACAAUUUGUUGUGAAAUGACUCAAGUUCCUGAUGUUCUCCUCAAUUACUUCAACGACCAAAUCUUGGCCUUCAUUGAAGCACAUGGUGAUCUUGAAUAUUAUGUCAUGAAAACUGUUGUUUAAUAGAUUUGUGUUUAUAAUAGGUCUAUAAAUCUAUAAAAACAAAAUAUUUACAAAUU